ACCGCCUGUACCUAGCAACGCCUCCAAACAAACGAGAAGGACUUCCCCACCGGUUAAAUAUCAGAGCAAUACAGUCCAGCCAACACCGCUCUGUCUUUUCUUUGUCUCCAUUGGUAGCGUUUCUAGCACUUCGAAAUUACGGGACGAUCCAUUGAUCCUUUUCUGAGGUGGAUAUCGCAAACAUGACUUUGCAAGCCAUCAAAUAUCGAGACGGUGUCCUCGCAAUUCUCGACCAAUUGCAACUUCCCUACGUGGAAAAGUAUAUUGAUGUCAAGACGAGUGAACAAGCUUGGCAUGCUAUCAAGACUAUGCAAGUCCGCGGUGCGCCGGCUAUCGCCAUAGUAGCAGCACUUGCCCUUGCGUCUGAGCUUCACCUACUGAUUUCAAAUGAGGGGUUAUCUUCAGAUGCAGACGAAGUUCGUGUUUUCAUUAUAGAGAAGCUGCAAUACCUGGUGAGCAGCAGGCCCACGGCUGUCAACCUAGGUGAUGCUGCGCGAAAGCUCGAGCUCGUGGUGUCUCAGAGUGCUAGCCAGGCUGGGGCGACAGGUCACGGGGUUGCCGUCUCCUUUAUAAAAGCCUCGGAGGCGAUGUUGGUAAAGGAUGUUCAAGACAACAAGCAGAUUGGGGAAAAUGGCGCUAAAUGGAUCAUGUCGAAUGCGGUGGUUCCGGGGCAGUCAGAGGCCACUGUUUUGACUCAUUGCAAUACAGGGUCUCUAGCGACAUCCGGUUACGGAACGGCCCUGGGAGUCAUCCGCAGCUUAGCAUCAAUGAAUAGUCUGCGGCAUGCGUACUGCACUGAAACAAGACCUUACAACCAAGGUUCUCGGCUCACGGCAUUCGAACUAGUUCAUGAUUGUAUUCCCUCCACGCUGAUAACAGACUCUAUGUCCGCCGCACUACUUGCAAAUUCCAAGGCUGGUGUGAAUGCGAUCGUCGUCGGUGCGGAUAGAGUCGCAGCCAAUGGUGAUACUGCCAACAAAAUAGGGACGUAUGGACUUGCUGUCCUGGCAAGAUAUCAUGGUGUGAAGUUCCUCGUUGCCGCGCCACUCACCACUAUCGAUUUGUCGACCAAAUCUGGAAAUGACAUUGUGAUAGAAGAACGGCCGGCCGAUGAGGUUACUAAAAUCAAGGGGCCCUGUGAAGGCGAUACAUCUAAGGGCGGAAAUUUGGAGACUGUGCGUAUAGCUGCAGAGGGAAUCAACGUUUGGAACCCAGCAUUUGAUAUCACACCAGCUACACUGAUUGAUGGAAUUAUAACAGAGAAAGGGGUCAUGGAAAAGACAGCGGACGGUCAAUUUUAUUUAGCGGGUCUGUUUGAGGAUUGAUUGCCAACUGCCGGCUGCGGAUGCGUCUCCAUCUGGCCAAGUUCAGUGUCGCUGGAGGACACGGCCUUGCCACUAUCGCAUUGGCGAAAAAGCUCAUCAAUUCUAGUUUCGAGUUCACUCAGGUGCUUCUCCAGGGCCAGCGCUGCUUCCUCGCCUC